GUUUACUCGUCUGCUGGCGUUUUUUGAAACAACGCUAAAUAAAACAAUCUAAUAUAACGAUAAAUAAAACCGUCUCUCUCUCCAUUAGACUAAUAUAGAAUCUGUAAGUUAGAUGAUUUGAAUGCUAAGGCUCCAAACACGAUGGUGUAUCAUUGUUGUGCAUAUAACUGUAAAAACACUGCGAGGAACAAGAGUCUCUCAUUCCACAAAUUCCCGCUGAAAGACCCCAACUUGCUGAAAAAAUGGCUUAACAAUUUAAGAUGGAAAGACUGGAAACCUGCUCCAAACAGUAAAAUCUGCUCGAUCCACUUUGAAAAGAAGUGUUUGAUUGAAGAUGGGAAGAGAGCAAGACUUCAUUCAUGGGCUGUGCCUACCCUCUUUUCCUUCCCAAAUCGAUAUCUAGAGAGAAAGGUUAAAAUCAAUCCUAGAAGCAAAAGAGCUUUGUUGAAGGGAAUUGUUGCUGACUCAAACUCAUCUGGUCAAGCAGCACCUGACGCGACAGCAGAAACUUCGCAGAAGUCUAACUCAGAAAAACCUGAGGACAGAACUACAGAGAGUUUACAGCCGAACAUAUCCAAAGGUAGUUCUAGCCAGAUGAGAACAGACCCAAAGAGCGUUUCCACACAGCAACCGACAGAACCGGAAAAAAGUCAACCGUGGACCAUCCUGGGUGAUGAAGCUCUCGACAGAAGCAUGACUAUACCCAGUUUCUUUCACAGUGGAUAUUGUUUGCCCGAUAACAUCCACUGGGCUGGAGAUGAUGAAUUAAAUAUUAUGCCGCAUGUGGCUUAUGGAGUUUUAGGACAAAUGAAGCCCCAUAUCAUCGAGGUUAAAGAGAGGUGGGAAUGGCUCGGGCUGGAUGUUAGAGGCCCGUUCUCUCCCACAGUAGACCAGCACACGCACAUCAUGACCCUGACUGACUACCAUUCCAAAUGGGUGGAAGCUUUCCCUCUGACUCAGAAUCUCAGUCAGGAUGUGGCCACGUGUCUCGCUGAAGUCAUCCAUCAGCAGGGAUAUCCUCUCGGAAUUCUCUCCCGGCUUCCCAAGCGGAUCCUCAUGGAAGUUAACCGUGAGUUGAAGAAACGCCUGAGGUUGAAUUCAAGCGCUUUAGUCAUACAUCACCGGCAAACUGGUUACAUGGACUUGGUCACCGAAUCACUUCUUAAUGAGAUGCUGGAUGAGCUGGUGAAGAAGCACGGCAGCAUCUGGCAUAUCCUCCUCCCUGCUGCCACUCUGCGCCUCUGCUGCACCAAUCACCCCACGACCAAAGAGAAACCCUUCACCCGCAUGUGUGCCAGUGACCCGCCGUUCUCAUCCGCACCCAGAGAACUCCCUUACAGUGCCACUGAUGUUCGCUUGAGUUCUUUUGUCAUCCCAACCACUGAUGCCAACAAUCUAGGAGCUGUGUCAGACAUUUAGGUGCACUCUCUGAAGGAUCAGAUUUUUUUCCCAGUAAAAAAAAACCCUUAACGUUUUGUCAUAUUUGCUUGACCUCAGCAUUUCACUUACACUUUGCAGUACUGGGCUUUUUUUUUUACCAAAAUAAGAUGAAAUAAGAGGGAGAGAGAAAAAAUACCCCAUUCAAAAGUUUACAUACACUUGAAAUGUAAUACUGGAUGAGACAGAGUGUUUUUUUUUUUUUUUGUCCUGAACAGUUAAACUGCCCGCUGUUCUUCUAUGAUUUUGAGAUCAAUUUUUUCACACUGAGGACAACUUUGGGUCUCAUACACAACUAUUACUAUUACAGAACAGUCAUUGAUGCUCCAGAAGGACACACGAUGCAUUAAGAGUGUAAACCUUUGAACAGAAUGAAGAAAGAAUGAAAUCUUCUGGAAUGGUUGCAUAUGAGUCCUUCAGUUGUCCUCGGUGUGAAAAGAUGGAUCUCAAAUUCAUACAGUCAUUGUUGGAAAGGGUUCAAAUAUGCAAAUGUUGCUGGAAAACCAACAAAUUUGUGGGACUGGAAGUAUUUUUCUGAAGAACAGUUUAACUAUUCAGGACAAACAAGGGACUCAUGAACAACUAUCACUAAAGAAAGAAUACACAACCUGUGGAUCAUUCAGGAAACAACACAAUAUUAAGAAUCUACAUUUUGAAUGGGGUCAUUUUUAUAAAUAAACUAUUAUUUUCUCUUGUGGAAUAUAUACACGUCUUUUAUUCAGGUCAGUAAUAAAUAAAAAAUAACAUGCAUUUUGUAUGAUCCCUCUUAUUUAAAAAAAAAAAUAAUCUGCAAAAUGUAUGUAAAAUUUUGACCACAAUUGUACAUAGACUGUAAAUAGAGAAGCAAAUUUGCACUGUUGUUCCACUGUUGCCUUGUACAAAUAGAAAUAAAAUCAUUUUUAAAACCAUAAAA